GACCGGGUGCCGAAGCAUUCGCUUUGGUUGAGAGGGACUGGAACAACGAAAACGACUGAAAAGUGAAAAUCUCACCAUGUCUCGUGGCACAAGCGCCGGGUUUGAUCGUCAUAUUACGAUAUUUUCGCCUGAAGGACGACUAUAUCAAGUCGAGUAUGCUUUCAAGGCGAUCAACCAAGGCGGUCUCACUUCUGUCGGCAUCCGAGGUGCCGACUCUGCCGUCGUUGUCACACAAAAGAAAGUCCCGGACAAACUCCUGGACUCCAACACUGUUACUCAGUUGUUUGAGUUGUCCGAGAGGAUUGGUUGCGUGAUGACGGGCAUGGUUGCUGAUUCCAGGUCCCAGGUUCAGCGUGCAAGGUACGAGGCGGCUAACUGGAAGUACAAGUUUGGAUACGAGAUCCCUGUGGAUAUGUUAUGUAAGAGGGUUGCUGACAUAUCCCAGGUUUAUACACAGAAUGCCGAAAUGAGGCCACUGGGAUGUGGUAUGAUUCUAAUUGGUAUUGAUGAGGAGAAAGGCCCACAGCUGUACAAGACUGACCCAGCCGGUUAUUUCUGUGGCUUCAAAGCCUGCAGCGUCGGUGUCAAACAGACAGAGGCCAACAGUUUCUUGGAGAAGAAAGUCAAGAAGAAGCACGCUUGGACAUUCAAUGAAACAGUUGAGACUGCCAUAAGCUGCUUGUCAUCAGUUCUGUCUGCUGAUUUUAAGCCUUCAGAGCUUGAAGUAGGUGUGGUCAGCAUGGAUAACCCAAGGUUUAGGAAACUUACAGAAGCUGAGAUAGACACCCAUCUAGUAGCGAUAGCUGAACGUGAUUAGAUCAUUUUAGUUAUUAUCUGUUCAAAUAUCACAACCAGUGGACCCGAUGCAUUCAUUGGAGAUGGUGCACGGUCUACUAUUGUCAUGUCAAUGAAUGGCCAGCAAUUUCUAACAUGUGCAUUCCCAACCUUGAGCAAACAAUGAUUCCACUGUACAACCAGUCUAUGCUACAUGUAUCAGUUCAUGGUCACAUUCUACAACAUACUUUGGCAUGGUGAUAUUCUGUAGUAUGGGACCCUCUUAUGUAUUUAAAUGUGUGUACACUCUGUGAAUAAAAAUCCAAUUUGGCA